GAACAAUACGUUGCCAGUAUUAGAUUUCUUAGAGUCUCAUGGAUUAAAGUCAACUUUUUCUGUGAUUGGCUCGCGUGUUGUAGAAUAUCCUGAUAUUCUAAAUAGAACUUAUCACGCCGGUCAUGAAAUUGUCGUUCACACCUGGUCACAUACUAUGCUCAGUACACAAACCACGGAAGAAAUUAUAGCGGAAAUCAAAUGGACUGAGAAAGCAAUUAAGCAAGUAAUCGGUGUCACUCCAAAGUAUAUGCGACCACCGUAUGGAGAUAUAGAUGAUCGUGUGAGAAACAUAAUGAAACAACUUAAUUAUACACCUCUUUUGUGGGACUCUGAUACUCUAGAUUGGACAUCCGUCGGGAACCCUUCUUUCGAUUUGUCAUGGAUUGAGGGCAAUUUCACAAACUGGGUCAAAAAUACCACAUGGAAUUAUGGACAUAUUUCCUUACAACAUGACUUAUACCAACAAACGGCUGCUCAAAUACCUCCUUCCAUUAAGAUCGUGCAAAAUGCCGGUUUCACUAUUAGGCCCGUGGUUAAUUGUAUUGGGGGAGAACCUUAUCGGGAAAUCUCUGUUUAUUCAGUACCAACAGAGAUCACAUCACCAAAUUCAACUAAUGUCACUCAGCAAUCUAAACCUAAAGAAGUGUCAGGUUUCUGUAAUUUUCAUCGUUAUGAAUUCAUUUAUGUAGAUACAAGACAUUUUUCUUAG